AUGACUGGAAAGGGAGGCAAUCAAAUUCGUGGGGUUAAUGGUACUGUGAGGGACUAUUUGGUUAAUAUAAAGCCACAACAUUUGAGUUGCAUUUGGGACAAAGGUAAGUGGACCCAGGCCCACGGCGAUAACAAGGCGUCAUUUCGUGGUGCCUAUAUCUUGAAGAGCAUGAAGACAAGUACUCAGCCACCAGAGUACCGGAUUCUGCUUUUGCACGAAGGGGAGCCUGUGUUAAACUUCACUAUGCCGGGUAGCCCGAAUAAGAACGGUUCGACCGACCCUCCUACCCCACGGGAAGUUAUCGAUAUCAUUGCAAUUGAACUCGGCAAGAUCGGUAAGUAG